GAACAAAGCCCCGCGCUGCCUCCCGCGCCGGCGCGGAGCCGCCGAGCCCCGGCUGUGCGUGCCAGGAUCGCCGCCCGCGGCUGGCGGGCCCCGGACGUGGCGCACCGGGCGGCGAUGCGCCAGCCGCGGGCAGGGGAGGGGCCCUGAGCCCUGUAAACGUGGUGCCUGCGGGGCAGGGUGGCCCUGCCCGCCUCCGCCCCCGCCGCUGAGGCCGGAGGAGCGCGGCGGCUCUCUCCUUUGCUUCUGCAUUUUAAAACCACAAAAUGUCUGAAGUUAAGCCAAGGAAAAAAGGUAUUUCUUCAUCCAAGACCAGUGAAGGUUCACAGAAGGCUGAGAAGCACAGUAAUUAUGGCAAGCUGGCAAGUGCCAGGAUCAGCAAUAAUCACAGUUCCUUUUGGAUGGACCCAAGGACAAGUUUGAGUAUCAUUUCCCUUCUUGUUUGCCUGGUGGUGAGCUGGUUUCUAUUUCAGCAGUCAGGUCAAUUUGCUGAUCUGGAAAGAAAGUACAAUUUUUUACAUCAAGAAGCUGAAAAAAUCAUGGAUGUGGGAAAUAAAGUAAACUUAAUUUCUGAAAAGCUUGAGUCUUCUGAAAGUAUCCUGCGAGAAGCUGCCUCAUCCAUCUCUGUGAUGACUGAGUUUGGGCAGGAAAUAUCUUCGCUUCAUAACACCAUAAAUGAUAUUCAGAACAAUGAACAGACUCUAUCUCUAAAGAUGCAGAGCAUUCAUGAGAAGUUCCAAAAUGUUACAAAUUCCUGGAGAAGAAGCCUGGAUGAAAUGAACACUAAUGCUAGUGGUUUAAAAUCUGAAGCAAAGUCCAUACAUACAGAAGUUACUUCCAAAAUCAAUGAAGUUGACCAAAGAAUUAAAUCCCUUGCAGAAAGAGUAAAAGAUUUGGAGGACAGUACAGCCAGAAAUAUCAGAACAUUGAAAAAGCAAGAAGAUGAUGAAUUCUCUAGAGUUGAACAAAAGUUGAACCUGGAUGCAAAGUCAGUUGAAAAGCUAGAAGAAGAACAGAAUAGUCUGGUAGCCAAAGACACAGAGCUGAAUCAGAAACUUGCAAACUAUGAACCUAAAAUUGAGGAGUGUAAGACCCAUUUGCCAAUAAUUGAAAAUGCUAUUCACUCUAUUCUUAAGCUGUCAAGUGACUUGCUUGGUAUGGAGAAAAAGAUAAAGGACUUGCAGACACAGCUGUACGCUGUGGAAAAUGACAUGUUGAAAACUGUUUCUGAUACAGUGGCCAUGCAGAAGGCUCUUGAAGGCCUCCAGUCCAAUGGCAGCUUGACCAAAAUGCAGCAUGGACUAGCUGUUCUAGAAACAGGGCCUGACAUUGCAGUGGCUUCAAAAGCAGAAGAAGUAACUUUAGAAAGCUUUAACUUAGAAAUUGACCAGAAUGGGGAUAAGUGAAUUUGGUCUUUGGUUUUUCAUUAAUGAAAAAGCACUUUUAUUAAAUAAUGUGAUUUAAAUCUGUGUCAGGGAUAGCUGAUGUACUGUCAUUGAUCUUAAGAUCAUUGGAACAGCUUGAAAGGUUGAGAAAGAGGGUAGAGAGCAAGAAAGUAAUACUUUGUUAUAGAAAGAAAGGAAUAUUUUCUUAAAUUAAGUAUUAUUUUCAGUUUAUUUAUUAAAAUAUCUUUUUUAAUAAAAAUAAUUUGAAGCCAAGUAUUUAGAUUUAAGGGAAAAAAAGUUCAUAUUUUUAGUUUGUAUUUUGCUUUCACUACUUAGUUUCUUUUGUUGUUACUUUGUGUAUUAUUUUCCAUAGACUUGUAACACAGUGAACAAUUAAUCCCUUAUUUCUCAGCUGAGAUAGCUGUACCUUGCUUUUAAAGUAUUGUACGCCAUAAUGGUUUUGUGUUGCAGGAAAGCACUGAGUACAUUUUUAUCAGCUGAAGCUCAGAUACAACAAACACCCUUAGAGCAAACACUAGGGAAGUACCCCCUGCUGAGAGCCUUGUACUGUUCUGGUGUCUACAAACUGGCAUUUACAUAGCAGCUGCUUUGUUUUCAUUUUUGGGGGGGCUGUUUUGGUGCUUUAGAAACAAAUUUUAACCUUAUAACCUUUUUUUCUGUAGGAUGUUUUUUGUUCAGCAUCACAUAUGUCCUGUAUUGCUUUGCAUUGGAAAAGGAAAAAAAAAAAUUUAACAAUGUCACUGACAUUGUUUCCCAGAGUUUGCUGAACCAAGAGCUGCAAAAGUAAUUAAUGAAAUCAGUGGAGUUAUGUGCUUGGGAGUAGGGAAUAUCCAGUUUACCCAUAGACCUACUUACACAUGAUGUAAUAGGCCUGAUAGAUGUUCAUUGAAAUUUGGAUCUCAGGGACAACACAAAUUGUCUGCAGACUUAUUGGCUUGAUAAUUUUGUAUUUCUCCAAAAAGGAGAAACAGUAUGAACACACAUUUAUGACUUUAUCAGACCUAAUUUAAAUUAGUCUGGGUUUGUAGAUUAAUUUCUUUAAAACUCCACUGAAAUCUUCACUAAAUGAGUAACACUGCCCAUUCAAGAGACUGUGAAACCAGUGUUUCUCAAUGUCAUAAAACUGUGUUGGUUUCAUAUAAUUACUGCUUAUGUAUGAAUUUCUGUUUCCAGUGAUACUCAAAAUAAAAAUAUAUUGUAGUGAA